CUCUCCUCCGGGCGCUGUCAGGGCGUUGCAUCACCUGCAGGCGCACGCCGGCCUGUCCGCAGCGUGGACCGGCUUCCUUCCGAAAGUUCCAGUGGCUCCCGUCCGCGGGGCGCCUCAGAACAAAAUGGUUCAACAAGUUCCAGAAAAUAUCAAUUUUCCUGCGGAAGAAGAGAAAAUCUUGCAGUUCUGGUCUGAAUUUAAUUGUUUCCAGGAAUGUUUAAAGCAAUCAAAAAAUAAACCAAAAUUCACCUUCUAUGAUGGACCUCCUUUUGCAACAGGACUGCCUCAUUAUGGACACAUACUUGCUGGGACAAUCAAGGAUAUAGUUACAAGAUACGCUCACCAGAGUGGGUUUCAUGUGGACAGAAGAUUUGGAUGGGAUUGUCACGGCUUACCUGUGGAAUAUGAAAUUGAUAAGACACUGGGAAUCAAAGGACCAGAGGAUGUAGCCAAAAUGGGGAUUGUGGAGUACAACAAACAGUGCCGAGCCAUUGUGAUGAGGUAUUCUGCUGAAUGGAAGUCUACCGUCACCAGGCUUGGCCGCUGGAUCGACUUUGACAAUGAUUAUAAAACUCUCUACCCACAGUUCAUGGAAUCUGUCUGGUGGGUCUUCAAGCAACUCUAUGAUAAAGGCCUUGUUUAUCGGGGUGUGAAAGUCAUGCCCUUCUCCACUGCCUGCAAUACUCCACUGUCAAACUUCGAGUCCCAUCAGAAUUACAAGGAUGUUCAAGAUCCAUCUGUAUUUGUGACUUUCCCUUUGGAGGAGGAUGAAAACGUAUCUCUAGUAGCUUGGACAACCACUCCCUGGACUCUGCCGAGUAACCUCGCCCUCUGCGUGAAUCCGGAAAUGCAGUAUGUGAAGAUUAAGGAUGUUGUCAGAGGAAAAAUAUUCGUUUUAAUGGAGGCCAGAUUACCAGCCCUUUAUAAGUUGGAGAGUGAUUACGAGAUCCUUGAAAGAUUUCCUGGUGCACAUCUCAAAGGCAAGAAAUAUAGACCCUUGUUUGACUAUUUUGUGAAGUGUAAGAAGAACGGAGCUUUCACGGUGCUUGUGGACAACUAUGUGAGGGAAGAGGAAGGCACAGGGGUUGUCCACCAGGCUCCCUACUUUGGCGCUGAUGACUACCGGGUCUGCAUGGACUUCAACAUCAUUCAGAAAGACUCUGUCCCCAUCUGCCCCGUGGACGCCUCGGGCUGCUUCACAGCUGAAGUGACCGAUUUCGUGGGACAGUAUGUGAAGGAAGCGGAUAAAAAUAUCAUCAGGACCUUGAAGGAACAAGGCCGAGUAUUGAUUGCCAGCACCUUCACUCACAGCUACCCUUUCUGCUGGCGGUCAGACACGCCCCUCAUUUACAAAGCAGUGCCCAGUUGGUUCGUGCGGGUGGAGCACAUGGUGGACAAGCUGCUGAGCAACAAUGACCAGAGUUACUGGGUUCCAGAGUUUGUGCGAGAAAAGCGAUUUGGAAAUUGGCUGAAAGACGCCCGUGACUGGGCAGUCUCCAGAAACAGAUACUGGGGUACCCCUAUCCCCCUGUGGGUCAGUGAUGACUUUGAGGAGAUAGUGUGCAUUGGGUCAGUGGCAGAACUUGAAGAACUGUCUGGAGCAAAGGUCACAGAUCUGCACAGAGAAAGCAUCGACCAUCUCACCAUUCCUUCCCGAUGCGGGAAAGGCUCUUUGCAUCGCAUCUCGGAAGUGUUUGACUGCUGGUUUGAGAGUGGGAGCAUGCCUUAUGCUCAGGUUCACUACCCAUUUGAAAAUAAGAAAGAAUUUGAAGACGCAUUUCCUGCACACUUCAUUGCCGAAGGCAUCGACCAAACCAGAGGAUGGUUUUACACCCUGCUGGUGCUGGCGACAGCUCUCUUUGGACAACCCGCUUUCAAGAAUGUGAUUGUCAAUGGACUGGUGCUUGCCAGUGAUGGCCAGAAAAUGAGCAAACGAAAAAAGAAUUAUCCAGAUCCACUUUCAAUCAUUCAUAAAUACGGUGCUGAUGCUCUCAGGCUGUAUCUGAUCAACUCCCCGGUGGUGCGAGCAGAGAACCUUCGCUUCAAGGAGGAAGGCGUGCGUGACGUCCUGAAGGACGUGCUGCUGCCCUGGUACAACGCCUACCGCUUCUUCAUCCAGAAUGUCCUGAGGCUACAGAAGGAGGAAGGGGUGGAGUUCCUCUACAACGAGACCCUGGUGAAGGCAAGCGCCAAUAUCACGGACCGCUGGAUCCUGUCCUUUAUGCAGUCACUGCUGGGCUUCUUCGAGACAGAGAUGACAGCUUACCGCCUCUAUACCGUGGUGCCUCGCCUGGUCAAAUUUGUGGAUGUUCUGACCAAUUGGUAUGUCAGAAUGAAUCGCAGAAGAUUAAAAGGUGAAAACGGCGUGGAGGAUUGUGUGAUGGCCCUCGAGACCCUGUUUAGUGUCCUGCUGUCUCUGUGCAGACUCAUGGCCCCCUACACACCUUUCCUGACGGAACUGAUGUACCAGAAUUUAAAGAUGCUGAUCGACCCCGUUUCUGUCCAGGACAGGGACACGCUCAGCAUCCACUACCUCAUGCUGCCCCAUGUGCGAGAGGAGUUGAUCAACAAGAAAAUUGAGAGUGCCGUUUCCAGAAUGCAGUCUGUCAUUGAGCUCGGGCGAGUGAUUCGUGACCGGAAAACUAUUCCAAUAAAGUAUCCUUUGAAAGAAAUUGUGGUUAUCCAUCAAGAUCCAGAAGCCCUUAACGAUAUUAAGUCUUUGGAGAAAUAUAUCAUUGAGGAAUUGAAUGUGCGGAAAGUGACUCUGUCUACAGAUAAAAACAAGUAUGGCAUCCGCCUGAGGGCAGAGCCUGAUCACAUGGUCCUGGGCAAGAGGCUGAAGGGCGCCUUCAAGGCAGUGAUGACGGCAGUGAAGCAGCUGAGCAGCCAGGCCCUGGAGCGCUUCCAGGAGACGGGGACCAUAGUUGUGGAGGGCCAUGAACUGCAUGAGGAGGACAUUCGUCUCAUGUACACCUUUGACCAGGCGGCAGGGACCACUGCGCAGUUUGAGGCGCACUCGGACGCUCAGGCUCUGGUUCUCUUAGAUGUCACCCCUGACCAGUCAAUGGUAGAUGAAGGAGUAGCACGGGAAGUCAUCAAUCGGAUCCAGAAACUUCGCAAAAAGUGUAAUCUGGUUCCAACCGAUGAAGUAACAGUUUAUUAUAAAGCAACAUCUGAAGGAAAGUAUCUGAACAAUGUUAUUGAGAGCCACACCGAGUUCAUAUUUGCCACCAUAAAGGCCCCCUUGAAACCAUAUCCAGUUCCUACAUCGGAUAAAAUUCUUAUACAAGAAAAAAUGCAGCUAAAGGGAUCUGACCUGGAAAUCACACUCAGCCGAGGCUCCUCAGCGCCCGGCCCUGCAUGUGCCUAUGUCAAUCUGAACAUUUGUACGAAUGGUAGUGAACAAGGUGGAGUAUUGCUUCUGGAAAAUCCAAAAGGUGAUAAUAGAUUAGACCUUUUAAAGCUCAAGCGCGUUGUUAGUAGCAUUUUCGGUGUAAAAAAUACAGAGCUUGCCGUCUUCCACGGUGCAACAGAACUACAAAACCAAACCGAUUUGCUGAGUCUGAGUGGGAAAACUCUCUCUGUGACCGCCGGGUCGGCUCCCUCUGUGGCCCACAGUCCCAGCUCCCUUCUCUGUCAGUAUAUCAACCUGCAGCUGCUGAACACAGACCCGCAAGAGUGCCUAAUGGGAACAGUGGGUACUCUCCUGCUGGAAAACCCACUUGGACAGAAUGGACUCACCCAUCAAGGCCUUCGGCAUGAGGCAGCCAAGGUAUUUGGCCUUCGGAACAGGAAGCUGAAGCUGUUUCUGAGUGAGACUCAAACAGAUGAAAUUACGGAAGCAAUCCCCAUGAAGACGUUGAACACGAAGACUCUGUAUGUGUCUGUAUUGCCAACGACAGCAGAAUCAUGACAGGGUUGAUACGGUUCACCGACCUUUCCCUCGUGCAUAUUCCUCCCCAACACACAGACACAAUGAGGAUGUUUCCCUGAGACACGCGUAUGGAAUGCUGCUGUAAUGAGAUUCAUUCAUGAAUGACCUGAGACCUCAAAGGAAUAUUCACACUUGACUCUGACACCUAUGCAGUCUUGUUGGGGUACUGUUACCUUGUUACCUCAGCACUACAAAGUUUCUUUCUAUACUUGAAUUCCUAAGUAUAGACAGGAGAAAACCUUUCAGUGGUAUAGUUUUAUAUAUACAUACAUACAGUUCUGUGGUCUUUUACACCUUACUAGGACCUCCCAAAGGAGUGGACUGUAUUGUCAAAGUUCUAUUUUCACUGCUUAGGUUUUCCUGAGUUAUUUGGAAUGUUUUAAGUUUCAGUAAGUCAGAGCAAGAAAUAAAUUUUCUGUCAGAUGCUAAAUAUGUCAGAGGUAAUUCUUUCACCCAUUGAUUGUUGGAACGGAAGUUAAAGGACAUACAAACUUAAUAGUCAUCUUUAUUCGAAGACCUUGGUCUGACACCUAUGAAAGAAGAGGAAAGAAGCGAAAUUGGCCAGAAAAGCUACUAUGAGAAAAUCUUGGUCAGGCCAGUUGAGAGC